UGGAAGGUCACACUUCCCGUUGCUGGCGAGAAAACAAUGACCUUGAUUUCCCGCGAAAUUCAAUAUGGAGGAGAACGACCAAAACGUCCUCCAUAAAGAUGCCUCGCCUGUCUAUCAAACAGACGUUAACGGAGACACAGGAGGUUCUAAUACCAUUAGAAAAGGAUUAUUACCAGAGAAGAAAGUUGUUUAUGUUUGUAGUGCAGAUUUUCUCAGUGAAUGCGACAGAAUUGCCAAGGUGCCAUUUAGGGCGAGUAUCACACAUGCUUUGAUUGAGGCCUACGGACUGCUUUCAAGGAUGAGUGUGGUUCCUCCUAAACCAGCAACAUUUGAAGAAAUUUGCCAUUUUCACUCAACAGAUUACAUAGAAUGCUUACAAAGAUUGUGCCAAGAUGAUGAUCCAGACAAGUAUGAUGAGGAAGCUGAAGAAUUUGGCCUGGGUUAUGACUGUCCCGCAGAUGAAGGUGUAUAUGACAGUGCCUCUUGGGCAGCAGGGGGGACACUUACAGCAGCUGAACAUCUGGUCAGUGGUCAGUGCUCAGUGGCCAUCAAUUGGGCAGGAGGCUGGCAUCAUGCCAAAAGAGAUUCAGCUGCUGGUUUCUGCUAUAUCAAUGACAUUGUGCUAGGAAUAUUAAAGCUACGGACCAAAUAUGACAGGGUUUUGUAUGUGGACAUUGAUCUUCAUCAUGGGGAUGGAGUGGAAGAUGCUUUCUGUGCUACAUCCAAGGUUAUGACAGUAUCCUUCCAUAAAUAUUCACCUGGGUUUUUCCCAGGCACUGGCAACCUCUCUGACACAGGUAUAGGAAAAGGAGCUGGUUACACUGUAAAUGUGCCCCUCAAUGAAGGAUGCCAGGAUGAAAAUUUUUAUCGAGUGUUUGAAAAGGUCAUGGAUAUUGUUAAGAUCAAAUUUGAUCCAGAAGCAGUUGUAUGUCAGUGUGGUGCAGAUGGUCUGGCAGGGGACCCCAUGGACUCUUUCAACCUGACCACCCUGUCAUUGGCAAAGUGCGUGCAGUAUUUACUCAAUUGGAGUGUUCCAUUGUUACUCCUGGGGGGUGGUGGGUAUCAUAUUCCCAACACAGCCAGAUGCUGGACACACAUCACUAGUGUAGUGACUGGAACUAAACUGAGCAGUGAUAUUCCAGAACACAGGUAUUUUACACUAUAUGGUCCAGACUAUGAUCUGAUGAUCUCUCCUGGAAAUAGAGCCGAUACCAAUACUCCGUCUCAUAUUAAGAAUGUCAUUGCACAGAUAUCAGAAAAUCUCGAGAACCUCCAGUGACGGAAACAAUAUACAGAUGAAUGUAGUUGCCAAAUAAAUUUAUCAGUGACGUGGCUAUUUUACAAACAAAUGAAAUAAUAUCAUUAAUAUUUUAUAAGUAUACAAUGAGGUCAGUUCUUUCAUUAGGCAUAAGAAAGUGUGAAAAUGUAUCAUUAUAAGCUGCCCAGUGUCUGAUUCCCUGUGCCUCUCCAUUUAAAUUGUCAAAAAACAAAAGGUUUUAAGGGCUGAAAUUGAAGGCUCUUUUAUGCAGGUUUUAUUAUUAAUGUUUUUAACAUGUGAGUUUUC